AGACCAUGGGGGGUUCUGCAACCCCGUGGCCGUCGCGACUCUCGCGCAUCAGCGCUGUCACGCAACCUGAUGUUUGACCGCGACGUCCAUGGUAACGCCCCGUCGGAAACGCUGGUGGAACAUGCAAACCUAGGCAGCCCACCCGGUCCAAUGGGAGCGGAAUCAUCGAGCUACAACGGAUCGACAAUAAGAACACCAAACCGUUCCUUUUACCACCGGUCGUUCAAAUCGUUCAAUAGCAAUAUGGACCCGGCUCAUUAUGCUUCGGACGGUCUCCGCGACCAGACCGCGGAACUCGCUACCUACGGCCUUUCCCUUGAUAUAUUCCACAGCAGCCAGAAUUCUGCAAGUUACUCCCAGGAUGAAGCUACAAGCUCUCAUGCUGUCGGUGAGGCGUUGUUGGAGCCAGGAUAUGCCUCUGUCGACCCUGCUUCGGCUUCUGGCUCUUCGGCCUUGACAGAGAUGAUUCGCCGUCCAUCAACAGAUACCGUGGAGGACCAGGUCACGCAACCCGGGAUGGGUGAUAUCUCCUUUCCCCCGCCGCCCACGAUCUAUGAGGAACCCGAACGAGACAAUGAGCACACCUCGUUAUUAUCGAAACCACGAUCCAAAUCUACACAAAAUUAUGGAACUGCAGGCGACGCCGAGAACCAAAGGCCGGCUGUCAAACGAUCUCCAAACUUAAUAACGAAAGGCAUUUCAUCUGUCGCCCUCUGUACUCGAAUCCUGUUCAGCCCAAAGUCAUGGGAUAAGCGAGUGAUAUGGAAAGAGGCUGUGUUAUACCCCGCCAGUCUGGUUCCUGCCGUAUUGCUGGGACUACUUCUCAACAUUCUUGAUGCCUUAUCCUAUGGAAUGAUCUUGUUCCCUCUGGGAGAACCCCUGUUCGCUCACCUAGGAACCGACGGUAUUUCGAUGUUCUAUGUCAGUACCAUUAUCUCUCAAGUGGUAUUUUCCUGUGGCGGCUCAAUCUUCAAAGGAGGAAUAGGAAGUGAAAUGAUUGAAGUAGUACCAUUCUUCCACCAGAUGGCUUUCACCAUCAUGAAUUCAAUCGGCAAGGACAACCCGAAAUCAGUGAUUGCAACGACCAUUUUAGCUUUCUCGGUCAGUUCGAUCCUCACUGGCUUGGUGUUCUUCUUAAUGGGUGUCUGUGGGCUGGGCUCGCUCAUUGGCUUCUUCCCACGUCAUAUUCUCAUUGGAUGCAUCGGCGGUGUGGGUUACUUUCUUCUACAAACUGGAAUGGAGGUUUCAGCCCGGCUCCCCGGGUCUCUUGAGUACAACAUCCCCACCAUCCAGAAACUUUUCCAUCUUGAUACUUUCCCUCUUUGGAUGAUACCCCUAUUCCUUGCCAUUGGCCUGCUUGUUCUCAAACGAUUCGUUCGUUCAAACUUCCUUGUCGGUGGUUAUUUUAUUGCUGUUGCUGCAGUGUUCUACAUUGUCAUUCUAAGCGCAAGGAUCUCUAUGGGUGCUCUCCGCCACAAUGGAUGGGUCUUUGAUGCCCCAUCUUCGAACAACCCGUGGUAUCAUUUCUAUUCUCUUUAUGAUCUCUCGGCGGUCAAUUGGACUGCCUUUGGUGAGACAAUCCCGGCCAUGUUUGCUUUGACCUUCUUUGGUGUGCUCCAUGUGCCCAUUAAUGUACCUGCUCUGGGUAUAUCCACCGGUGAAGACAAUCUCAACGUGGACAGAGAGCUCAUGGCACAUGGCGUGACGAAUGCACUUUCAGGAUUUGUAGGAAGCAUUCAGAACUACCUUGUUUACACCAAUAGUCUUCUCUUCAUUGCAAGUGGCGGGUCAUCUCGGUUGGCCGGCCUGAUGUUGGCCGCAGCCACUGCAGGGAUUAUGGUCAUUGGCCCAGCUAUAAUCGGCUAUAUUCCCAUUAUGGUUGUCGGUGCCUUGAUUUUCUUGCUGGGCAUUGAGCUUUUACAAGAGGCAUUGGUGGACACAUGGGGUAAACUUACUCGGCUUGAAUAUUUAACCGUCGUUAUCAUCGUUGUUACGAUGGGCGCUUGGGACUUCGUGGUUGGAAUCUUCGUUGGCAUCAUUCUGGCCUGCGUGAACUUUGUUGUCCAAACGUCUCGCAAAUCUGCCAUUCGAGCAAAGUUCUCGGGCGAAAUUUCCGGGUCGACGGUCCGACGUCCUCCUAUCCAACAGGAAUUUCUUCGCGAAGCUGGACAGCAGACCCUCAUUAUCAAGCUUGGUGGAUAUCUCUUCUUUGGAACCAUCGUGAAUGUCGAGAACACCAUGCGUGGCCUGAUCGAGGAGGAAGCUUUCGACCGGCGUCCCAUUCGAUUCAUCAUUCUCGACUUUUCCCGGGUCUACGGACUCGACUUCUCAGCCGCAGAAGCAUUUACCCGCAUCAACCGCGUUCUCCGAAAGCGCAACGUACAGAUAGCUAUCUCCGGCUUGGAUGUCGAAGGGGACGUAGGAAAGUCCUUACAAAACGUAGGACUCUUCGAGUCGGAGUCCAGUGUCCCCAUAUUCGAAGACCUCAACUCAGCCCUUGAGUACUGCGAGAAUAACUACCUGAAAGUCUUUUACAGCCGCCAGGAAGCACUUUCCACGCCCGCCGAAUCAACUGAAAACUCCGAGCUCCUUCAAAUCCCCGCCUCAGUCCCCGUGCCUUCAGGACCCGAACCCCCCACCCUAGCCGACAACGUCGUCAGCUCACCUCGCCGCCACAAUGAUGGCCUCACCAGCAUGGUCCGCCAUGCGCCAACCACUCCCCUCCUCCUCCAAACCUUCCAAGGCCUCUCAACCGAAAAUGAAGACUUUUGGUUCCCCGCCUGCGCCUACUUCUCCCGCGAAUCCUACCCCGCUGGCACAGUCUUGUACCACGAAGGCGACCCCCCGCGCGCCUUCUACCUCCUCGAGUCUGGCAUGCUGCGUGCUGGCUACGACCUCCCACAAGGCCGCUACUUCGAGCUCAUAGUCGCUGGUCGACCGUGCGGCGAACUGCCUUUCUUUAGUGAUACGCGCCGCACGGCGACGGUCAAGGCUGAGCGUGAUUGUGUGGCUUGGUGUUUGACCGGGGUGCAGUGGAAGGCAUUACAGGAUAAGGAGCCGCGCAUUGCUCGUGAGCUGUUGACUGUUAGCUUGAAGUUGACGACGGAGCGCAUGGAUAGUAUCACCUCGUACGUUUUGACGAUGGCAGCUUGA